CUUGUUCUUCACCCAUCAUCAUGGUAAAACUUUCUCAGUACGAAAUCGACCGUGAAGUCAAUAUCGCGCGGAACCGUGCUCUGCUUGAAGAACUUGAGCUCAAGCAAGCUGUUGAGGGCCUUGGAUUUCCCACAAAAUCCUCGAAAUCUGCAACCAAGAAGCCCGUGCAGCCAUCAAAAAAGAAGCAAAUUAAGAAAGAGGACCAAGAACCCACCGUCCGGCGGCAGUCUGCACGUCUGCGGAAUGUGACUGAUCUUAAUGAGAGUCCUUCGAGGAAGAGGAAGCGCGAGGCCGAAUUGGAGGAGCAGCGUGCGAAAGAGGCCGAGGAGCGUAUCGAAGCAGAGAAACGCGCGCGAAUUGCCAAGAGGCCCAGGCAUCAGGACUUGGAGCUCGCCACCACAUUGGAUGAUGAAGAUGCUCCGGAGAGGUUACGAUUAGCAGAUGUUUUGAAGGGGGUUUCAAGUACUUAUGCCGAAGAAGAGGGCCGGAUUAUGAAGAGUGAGCUAGAGGACUUAAAGAAGGAGUUCAAAGGAAUGCGCCUCGUAUCUCGGGCCAAGGUGACGGAGAACCGCGUGUAUAGUGCCGCCUACCACCCAGAUAUGCAGAAGGACCUUAUCUUUUUUGGAGACAAACACGGUCAGCUGGGUAUUUGGGACGCGCAAGCUCCUCCAGAAGAGGUGGGGGAUGAGGGCGGUGAUGUUGUGGAUGACGGCAACAAGGAGGGCGGUAAGUAUUGGCGAUUGCAAGUCCAUUGGCCCGCUACUUCAAAGUCGUCUAUUUCGUGUGUCAAAUUCAACCCAGUCGACUUUCACACUGUUUAUACAAGUGCCUAUGACUGCACGAUCCGUAAUCUCUCCUUCACGACGGGAGUCUCCCGUCAGAUAUUCUCGUCUGAUGAGACCCUUCUCUGCAGCAUCGAUCUGACGCCCACCGGGAACGAGAUGUGGGUUUCAGAUGCUGCAGGUGGGUUGACGCAUCUUGAUCUUCGGCAGCACCAAUCAAAGGGCACCUGGUAUGGCUUGUCUGACCAGAAGAUCGGAUGUGUCAGCGUUAACCCGGUGCGACCAGAGUUUGUCUUGACAGCGAGUAACAGCCGUUCCCUCAAAAUCUGGGAUGUGCGAAAAUUGAAGCCCUUGGGUACGCCACCAACUUCGUCGGAUAGUUCCGUUGUAGAGAUUGGAUUGGAGAGUGUGAACAAAUUUGUGGAGUCUAAGAAGGGGCAUGGGUGCUUGCGUGGCGAGUGGCGCCAUGAAAAGUCUGUGAGCUCUGCAUAUUGGGAUCCUCGAGGGAGGAGUGUGGUUAGUACGAGUUAUGAUGACUCUAUACGCCUUUGGAAUUUUGAUACCACCGUGUUUGAGAAACCCGGUCCGUUUGGGUCAUCUAAGCCGUUUAGUCGUAUCAAGCAUAAUUGUCAGACGGGCAAAUGGCUGACGAUUCUUCGAGCACAGUGGUCUCCGAAUCUUGAUGCGCACCCGCAUUUUACGAUUGGGAACAUGAAUCAUGCACUAGAUAUUUUUUCUGGCAAGGGCGAGCUCAUCACAAGGCUUUCUGAUAGCACUCAGAUUUCUGCGGUCCAGGCAGUUACAUGCUCUCAUCCCAAGAUCGUGGCUCGAGCUGUGAGUGGCAACGCAAGUGGGCGAUGUGUGCUUUGGGCGCGUGAAUAGAAUGUACUUUGAUUUGUCUUUGUUCCUCUUUUCCCGUCAUGCAGAUUGUCAACAGCUUUUGGUUCAAUGAAUGCGGUCCUGCAAUGUUAGUCU